UCUCGUGGUUAUAAGACAUCUGGAUGGUCCCGUAUCCAGAAACAACUUAACACUCAUUCAGUUCCUUUCUGGGACAACAGCACUCAUUCACCAUGACACGGACUAUGCAUCGCACAAGGUCGCUCUCUUCUUACAUCUUUCUUUUCUUCACUCUCUGCGCCUUCGCACGUUCGGCAUUUCUGCCAAGUACCCAUACCUCACCGGACGCUCGCACCAUACCCUACGUGAAGCCCCGCGGCAAUACCGAUUUGAGGAUUCUCUGUCUUGGAGCUUCAAUUACCUUCGGUGUAGGAUCAACUACCGGCAAUGGCUAUCGGAAGGAGCUACGAGACAUGCUUACGGCAGCUGGUGCUACGGUCGAAUACGUAGGCACUCAAACCUCGGGCAACAUGGCUAAUAACGCAAACGAGGGCUAUCCUGGAUUCCGGAUUGACCAGGUCAUGGGCUUUGCAUGGAACUCAUAUGGCUACUGGCCAAACGUGGUCCUCGUUCAUCUCGGGACUAACGACUUCGUUCAGGGUUACGAUCCUCAGACUUCCGCCGACUCGCUAGGCACGCUUAUUGAUCAAGUGUACCAGGCUAUCGGCUCUUCAAAUCCUCUUGUGGUGGUCUCAAAGCUGCUGCCUAACAACAGAACCACAACAGAGAGUGGAAUCCAGAAAUUCAACGGUCUACUCGACGGCAUUGUUAGCUCUCGGGUCAAGUCAGGAAAGAAUGUCCUUCUAGUUGACAUGCAUUCUAGCGAUUUCAGCCUUGCCGACAUUGGGCCGGAUGGUACACAUCCAACAGACGCUGGUUUCCACAAGAUGGCGGGAGUGUGGACGACUGCUAUCAAGUCUGCUCUCGAUGCGAAUAAGAUAUCAAGCCCCAAGAACAACGGCCUCGCCAAAAGCACAACAAAUAACGUCCAUUGUGCAGUCUCUACUUCCGGCGUCAGUCGCCCAAGCACCGUGCAGUACGGAUUCGGAAACAAGACGGCAAUCUUUGCAGGUGCCUGGACAAACAUUGGGAUCGUCAUGAACCACACCUCACCUAACGCAACAGGCGUGUAUUGGGCCAAGCUGAAUGGCGUCUCGGGCCUAGGGGAUGACUACGUCUUCAUCGACAAAGACGGAUCCAUGAAAGUCGCCUAUAACAAGGGCGGGGAGACCUUUGGCGCUCUGAACAAUGUCAAUAAGCCUCCAGCUUGUGAUUCUGCAGGUACGGCAUUUGCUGAGAUGAAUGGUGAUGGCCGAGACGACUUCUGCUGUAUCUCGAGCGACGGAACGCUGCAGGUUUACACCACCUCUUCCGGACCGGCCUGGGGAUCAGCUGGAUUGACUCAACAUGGCAUUGGUGAUCCCCGCGCUGGAAUCUUCGUUGCGGACGUUGACGGGGAUGGCCUCGGCGAUUAUGUCUCCGUCUCGAGUGGUGGACUUGUCUCGGUUUCGUACAAUCGCGGCAAUACCUGGACCAAGUUUUACCGGGUCUUCAAGAUCCCGGACUUCAACGGCGGCGCAGAUUACGCCGGACUUCGAUUUGUGGACGUUAACGGAGAUGGACGAGCCGACUGUGUGCGGCUAACUCAGUCUUACAGUGAUGAUGAGAAUUACAAUUACCAGGUCACGAUCAGUGCAUACAUGAAUUUUCCCGGCGGUUCAAUAGUCGAGCCCUUUUUCAUGGACUCUGGAAUCAUUAUGCAUCCAAUUACCAACGCCGACCUGGGGAUCAAUCAAAUGACCUUUGGCCGUGUCCGUGGAACCAAAAAAUAUGAUCUUGCGACCCUCCAUGAUAGCGGUGCUAUGAAGGUUCUCGAAAAUCGAGGUUACAAAGGAAUUGCCUACGGCCCUCGCUCUCGGUACUGCGACAUGACAGGUUCUGGUAGUGACAGCUACUUGAGUAUUGGACCGUCUGGUGCUCUCAAAUUUUACCAGAACCUGCACAAUUCUGGUACUCACAUCAAGUUUGGUGAAAUUCUCCCUGAUCAAGGUUUGGCUGCCAACGAUGUGCACCUUGCAGACCUCGACGGAGAUUCGAGGUGCGACUACAUCAUCGUCAACAAUAGAACUGGUUCGCUGCAGUGGCGGAAGAGCAACAGGCUCUUGCUGUCAGGAACGGGCGGCUCUCUGUCGUUGGCGGAUCCCGUGUCGCUCGCUUUCUCGGAUAAGCCUAGCUGCGACAGUGCUGGCGUCAGGUUCGCGGACGUUGAUGGUGAUGGUCGUGCCGAUUACAUCUGCGUCGGUACAACAGGGUACAUCAGCAUUAGACUGAACACAGGAGGUGGCUUCAAAACAUCUCUACCGGUGAUCGACGCCCGCGGGUUCCUUGGCACUGCUGACACCCGCGAUCCUAUAAAUUUCGCCGAUAUUGACGGCGACGGCUACGCGGACCUUGUCUUCUUCGACACAAAUGCUGGCACAAUCACCGCAAGGCUCAACGUCAAUAAAGGGCAAUCGUUCGGAGAGGCACUGACAGUGUACUCGGACUCAACUCUGAUCGGAGGAUACGUGCGCUUCGCUAAUCUAAACGGUUUGGGCCGCGCUGAUUGGCUCAACAUCAAUCCUCUGUCUGCAAAGGCUAAGGUGUCGUCCAAUCGUUGCCCGCCUCCGACACCGCCGACUGGAAUCGGUUCCAACCCUAACCCGCCGUCCGGCCAAGCUCCCAGUACCGACCCCAACAACGAUGGCGCCGGAGUUGAUAAUGAUGGCGGGGAUGAUGAUGAUGACAGUAGCACCACCGACGACGGCGAUGAUGAUGGCUACGGGCCGGAGGACUUCGAACCUUGCGACUAUUCCAACAGCUACUCCAGCCUGGAUGAUCUCGCAGCUGCGGCCAAGAACAUCAGAGGCGAUUGCCUGCACGUUCACACCAUGCAAGUACUCGGCGACAUGCGUGACUCGGCAUAUGACUCAUAUGCUGACGCUAACAACGGCUACGACGCGGUCUUCGGCUACUAUGAGACAUACAUCAAGAAAAUGAUCCCAGUGACCCUUAUGGGUAGUUUCAUGUUCACCUACGGGACCAACAACGACGGUAAAUUCCGCGAUCUAGGACCUGGAAUGCAAUACUUCGAUUGUCAGGGCGGCCAGGACGGGAAUGACAAGUUCUCCUGCAGUAGCCUCGCAGAUACGAGUCGACACGACGAAAUUCUGAAGUACCCCACAACGUUUAUGCUACGGGACAAAGACGGCUAUGCAGCUGCUAUCCAAGACGCGGGGCUGGAUCUGAGUUGGAUAUCAUUCGAUGACUACAAGUUGCAUACGUCGAUCGAUGUCCAGACCCCGACCGCAGCAGGGCCCGGAGGCUCGGGACAGGGUUCAAGCACCUUUGAUUACUACUACCAGUUCAAGAACUUCCCCAUCAUGAACGCGACCAUGGUUGUGCCGAACCCGAAAGACAUCCGUUGUGAAAGCUCUCGACUCGAUCCCGGAGCUCAGGAUUCAAAUGGCCGCAACCCAACUCGACUUCAUGCUUGGUCUGUGGAGCGGCGGCUCCCGUGCAGAUGGAGCUGACACAUAUAGCAUGCCUAUUUUUAUGCUGAUGCAAGCUGUCGACAACAUGGAACAGGCUAAGCAGCUCGGAAUUCAAGAGAAACAAGAAGAAGAUGCCGAAGCGGCGGCCGCGAAGAACGGAAUCAUAC